AUGUUGGAAGAGGAGAGAGAGUUUGGGGAUCAGAACACAAUUUCUUUACACAAAUGUUCGUCCAAAUGUGUUCCCAAAGAACUUUCUGCUCUAGCUACUGUUUCUCCGCUUCAGCUCCACGAAAGUGUCACUGCAAUGCAGAGAUUUAAAGGAACAAAUGUCGGUUCUAAUCUAGUAUCUCAGUUCCAAAAUCCAACAGUAGUUGAUAUGGAAACUCUUUCAGACAUCUGUUUUUGUACUAAGGAAAAGUUCCAUGGAGUUGAUGUGAGCUCACACAUGAUCCCAAUUUUGCAGAAGAUCUGGGAUAAGCAUGGAAACAUAAUUCAAGGGCAUGUUCUACACAGUGACAGCUUCCUUACAUGUACCUUAGAGUCUUUGGCAAAGAUAAUAAUUAUUCUUCAAAGUGACUCAGGGAAGUCAUUGAAUGACUCUCAAGCUAAAUACCUAAAUUCAACCCUACUUGACCUUCGAUCGAUGCAUUUAAAACUAGAAUGGCUAGUUCCCUUUGUAGAAAAGGCUUUGGUGCUUCACAAAGAAAAGAUUACUAUGGAACUUGAGAUGGUGGAAUCCGAGCUCGAAGCAGAGUUGUGUGAAGUGAAAAGAAGAUUGGUUGAGCAAAGAAAGCUUGUUUCAGAGAGUCAAUUGGUUUCAACUCCAUUUGAUGUGAAAGAUGUGCUUAGCAAAGGCCACAUUCAUUUCAUUCAAGGUUGCUCAUCCAAUAUAUAGUUGUUUAUUUUGGUGAGCAAGUCAUAGUCUAGUACAAUACUUUGAGUUUCCCCUAUAAUUUGUGUGAUUCUCAUGAAACUCUUAUUUGGUGGAAUUGUGACUCCUG